AUGGAAAGAGAGUUUUGAUCUACGAGCCAAUUGCUUUGGACCCGAGCCUCGUAUUUGCCUCCGGACCCGAACCUCUGUUUGGCUCCUCCGCUCGCCGUUGAAAAAUUUCCGCACUGAUAUCGAUCACUUUAUCUCUCUCCCUUCUCUCUCUCUUUCUCUUCUUCUCCUGGUUUCGUUAAUUCUUGAAUUCGAAAACCCUAAACAACUUGUUCCUAGAAAUUGAGCAAGCAAAGGAAAGCUUUUUUUCAUCUUCAGGUUUCCAUUUGUUGUAAAGCUAAACGUGACACAAGUGUCAGGAGAACCUAUGAGUAUUCAAAGCAUGCCAAUUGGAGGUAGCUCAUGAAUUCUGGGGAAAGAGGCUCAGAUAAUUACAAAUAAUUUAGAGGAGCUGAAUCUAUGCCUGGAAACGAAUUUGGGGAGAAGAUCCACAAUUUUUUUGGACAAGAAGGCCUAUCCCAAGACCAGCAACAUCAGUCUCAGGUUGUUGACAGAAGCUGGUCCAGUUUUAAUAAUGGUCUAGUCGGUAACCAGAGGCAGAUUGACCCAUCCCUCAUUGCCAAUCUGAAGAGUUAUAACACACAACAAUCUGUUGAUCAUGAGAGAGGUCAUCAAUCUUCAAAUUCACAGCAUGGUUUAAACUAUACUCAGCAGCCUAUAAGGUCCGAGUUCUCAAGAAGUUUAUUGCAAGAACACCAGCAACUCCCAAAUGGUUACAUGCAUGGGAACCUUGGGUUGCAGACAAUGCCGAAUGGGGCAAAUGUUUUGGGAGGUGAUGUAGAAUCUAGUAGGGAUAAGUUAUCAGCAAGGGGAUUUACUCCAGAACUUCAUAAUGUUCCUAUGAGGCUUGAGAUGGGAGAAUCUCCGGUUAAUUAUGAUUUCUUUGGUGGUCAACAACAAUCAAACACACAGCUCUCUGGCAUGCUCCAGCCUUUGCCAAGGCAGCAGAUGACAUUCAAUGAUAUGCAACUACUGAAGCAGCAAGUUAUGGUUAAGCAAAUGCAUGAAUAUCAAAUGCAACAACAACUUCAAAAGCAACAGCUAGAGGCCAGGCAGCUCAAUUCUUUGAAUAGAAAUGCAGUCAAUGGAAGUUGCGCAAGUGAUACCCAAUCACGUAUGAUUAAUGGCAUCCCUCUUCAGAAUGCGUCUAGUAACUGGUUUCAGCCAGAUCUCAUGACAGGAAAUACAAACUGGAUGCAUCGCGGCAUCUCACCAGCUGUUCAAGGUUCAUCCAGUGGGCUCAUGAUUACCCCUGAGCAUGGGCAGUCGAACUUAAUGGCUCAACAGUUUGGACCUUCCUUGUACGGUAUGCCUGUUAGUGGGACAAAUGCACCUCAAAAUGCUUUUUCUUCCGUUCAGAUGAACAGAUUAGCUGCACCGCAUGGUUCUGCAAACAGGAGUUACUCUCUGACCAAUCAGCCAACUUCAUUUCUUAACCAAGGUGAUGUUCAGGAUAGUCAAAUGCACCCUCGAUCCACAUACCAGGAGAAAGCGUUGUUCUCCCAGACAUCAGUGCCAGAUUCAAAUAAUAGGCCCAAUUUUGAAAAUUUCCAGCAAGAUGAUUCCCGUGAGAGGAACAUUUCAGCGCAGGAUAAAUUUUGUCAGAUGGAGGAUUCUGGUCCAGCAGAAAAAUCAUUUAUGAAAGUGCCUGAAAAUAUGAAUGCAUUGCAGAAGUCGUCAGCAUUAGAUCCUACUGAAGAAAAGAUUUUGUUUGGUUCUGAUGACAAUUUGUGGGAUGCAUUUGGAAGCAGCACUGAUAUGAGCUUGCAAGGAAAUCUUAUGUCCAGUAAUUCUGACCUAUUCGAUGCAUGCCCCUCUUUGCAAAGUGGGAGUUGGAGUGCCCUUAUGCAAUCUGCUGUAGCAGAAACAACCAGCGAUGACGCCGGUGUACAUGGAUGGGUUAACAGCAAUACUGUCCCACAUGCGAAUUUGCACACUGAUAGUAGAGCCCAGGAUUUGGGUGCAAAGGCUUCAAAUCCACUAAGUGAGAGAUUCCACAGUGAUUCCACUGGGGCAGCUGUUCAACAUUUGCCUGACAAGGUAAAUAAAGUUUCAGAUCAUGGCCUGUUUGAGAAGCCUAUGGCUCAACUUAGUCAAAUGGCUGGUAAUAUAAUUCAUUCUUCAAGUAUUGAUGAACAGAAUAAUUUGUGUUCUAUUCGACAGAAUGAGGGCAUUGAAGAUAGAUUUGGUAUUUGGAAGGCUGCUUCCAAUCCAAAUGUAGCUGCUCUGAUUGAACAGAAGAAUCAUUUCACACAAAAUCCACAAAGGGCAAGCUAUGGAUUUGGAAUAGCCAGUGCAGGAAACGAUUCUAGUGCUUCUCGGGAUGUCCAGGGCAAUAUCCAACAGCAUUUGGAUAAUAACUCUGUGGAGAAGGCUAUCCCUCAACUGAAAUCGAGAGACGGCAGUCAGAUUCUUGAGUCAUAUGCGAGGAAUAAUGCUGGAACAAAUGAAAUGGUAAAUGCCCGCGAUUUUUCUAUGUUGCCUGGUGGAAAAGAGACACAAUCUGGUCAUGUCGGUAGUAGGCCCUCGACAAGUCGCAAAUUUCAGUAUCAUCCCAUGGGUAAUAUUGAUGUCACUAAUGAAUCUUGUCAAGAAAAAGUUUCUCAUUUGCCAACCACAUUGGAGCAGGUUCCUGUCGGAAACCAAGGGUAUUUUGGGCAAUCAAAGUUUCUUGGUCAGUCGGCUAUGAACAUGCCAAUUGACAGGGGACAUGUCUCACAAAACGACUUGAAUUGCACAAAUGAGGCUUUUAAUGGCAUGGGUUCAGAAAACUCACCUAGUACAUCUGCUUCAGCUGACAGAAAUGUUGAUAGGUGUAAUCAAGUGAAGAGCGCUUCGUCAAGACAAACUAUGCUUGAGCUUCUUCACAAGGUGGACCAGUCACCAGAUAAUUCCUCGGAAACAAAUGUUUCUGGGAUUCCUGAAGCAAAUGCCUCUGCUGAAUAUGGUGGUCAAUUUCGGCAUAAUCAGUCAUCUGCUUCUCAGGGGUUUAAUCUACAGUUGGCACCUCCAUCCCAGCUAGCUCCCUCACCUGAUAACGUGCAGUUUUCUCGGAAUUCUUUGCAGCCAUUGAAUUCAUUUCAUACUGGCCCUGAAAAAGGAGGAACAAGUCAGUCUAGGUUUGCUCCAUGGGCAUCUAAUCAAUCUUAUCAGCAAUCCACUCAUCAAGGACCAUUUCCUGGAAUCUUAGGAGGAUCCAACAUGACCUCUGGUUUCCCUUAUUCCAGAGGGUAUCACCAAAAUCAACAGAUGGCUGUUGCUACCCGACAAUCAGCUGCUAACAAUUCAGUCGAUUCAUCUUCUGAGUUGUCUACCCCUCAAGUGAAAGAAAGAGAUGAAAGUAGUGACUUUGAUCAACGUAUGCUGUCUGCUUCUCAGCCUCUGGUGGCAUCCAGCUCGCCUCAGCAGAGUUCCUCUUCUGGUAUGAUGUCUGACUCACCAUCCGGUAUUUCAGCUCCGCAACAUCAGUUUUGGAACCAGCCAUCUAAGCCUCAGCCAGUUAUUUUACGCCCGCAUCCAUUGCCCAGCAACAACAUGGCAGCUAGCUUCUCAAGGCAGGAGAAGACAAACCAAUUGUCCUCCCAAAAUGGUGACAUGUCAUUAAGUGGGAGGGACAUGGUGAAUAUGCAUGGGUUACAGAGUAAAGAUAUGGGUGCAAAACGAACAUCUAAUGUUGCUUCAAUGUUCUCCAAAAUGGUGCAGAGCAAUCAUCAAUCCUUUGAUCGCUCUCUUCCUUCAAACAACGUUCCAAAGGAUAGCUUACAUCACGAGGAACAAAUGGUUGGAAGUGGGGAGGGCGAUACAUCCAAGGUGACUGUUGAAAAUGGUGAUUUUGAUCCUCAAGAGGUAGCUCACAAAGGGGAACAACAAUCACCUUCAAGAUCUGAUGGUUUAGUUAGAGGUGGGUUAAAUAACAAGGAGUCAGCGAAUCACUUGCCGCAUUUAGGCCAUACUGUUUCUCAGAGUUUCUCCUCUAAAAAUCAUGCAGCCUCGGUUAGAGCAGAUCAUCAACAAAUUAGUCCUCAGAUGGCUCCAUCCUGGUAUAGUCAAUAUGGAACUUUCAAGAAUGGACUGGUGCAGCCCAUGAAUGAUACAGGGAGAUUUACCCCCUUGAAAAUAGGAGAACAAUCGUCUAAUGUUGAGAGUUCGGUUGAUGGUACACAUACUGUUCAAUCAUGCAAGCAGUGUCUUAUGGAGCAAAUGUCGGGCUCCGCACCAGGAGUUGAGACUCCCUCAUCCGAUUCAUUGCUUCAUGGUGCUACUGACAAGCUUCUGAAGGUUGAUAAACCGAAGAAGCGCAAAACUGCCACAUCAGAACUUCAAUCUUGGAAUAAAGAAGUCAUGCAGGAUUCCCAAAGGCUCAAGACGCUCAGCGAGGCCGAGAUUAACUGGGCCAGGGAAACUAAUCGAUUUGCUGAAAAAGUGGAAUUUGAGACUUUACUUGAGGAUAGCCCACCAAUUAGAUCAAAGAGAAGGCUUAUACAUACAACACAACUCAUGCAACAACUAUUUAGCCCACCUCCGGCUAGGGUGAUAUCUUUGGUUGCUAGCUCAAAUUAUGAUGUUGUUGCAUAUACUGCUGGAAGAGCUGCACUAGGAGAUGCAUGUAGCUCCAGUAGUACCGACAGGAGUGAGGGCUUUUCGCCCCCAAACAACUCAAACCCGUUGUCUGAGAGAACGGAAAAUGAAAAAAUCAGUGACCAGUACAUCUCCAAAGCUGCUGAAGAUUUCAUUAGUAGAACACGGAAACUGGAGACUGACUUUGCAGGGCUAGAAAAUGGAACUACAAUUCCAGACUUGAGAGUCGAAGUCCAGGAUCUAGAGAAGUUUGCAGUGAUCAAUCGUUUUGCGAAGUUCCACCCGCCAUCUUCAUCUAUGAACCGGACCGUGAAUUCACUUAAGUUAAACCUACAAAGAUAUGUUACCAUAGCUCCAAUGCCUCAGAAUAUUCCAGACAGGGUACAAUGUCUCUCUCUCUAACUAUUCAUGGAUCCAUAUAAUUCACUUUUUGGCCAAUCUUCCCCAUUCUUUGCUUUCAUAUCUAUUUCCCCAAAUCUUUCUAUUUUUGGGUGGGUAUGAGUUAGUUGGUCGGAAUCCUGAGUAUAGUAAAGGCCUCCGUUGUCAAAAAGCGGGAGAUCCUCUACUAAAUAUGUAGCAUUACUGUAUGCAUCAUCAGAAACAUUGUAAGUUAAAUCCAUUUGUAUACUUUAGUAAAGAAAUAUCGCUCAGUACAGUGCCCCAGUAAGAAAUCCAGUAAACAAGCUAAAAUAUAGCAGUAAGUGGCAAUUUUUGUUUACACAGCUACGGUUCUAACC